AUGGCAUCUUCUUGCCAUAUACCACCACAUGAUCAAAACAACAACCAGUUACACAAUGUGAAUAACAUCUCAUCUUGUUCUUCUCCAUCUAAUAAUAUUAGUAGUAAUUUAGACUCCAAUUUUACCACUUUUGUCCAAGCUGACCCCUCCAACUUCCGUUCUGUAGUCCAAAAACUCACCGGUGCAGCAUCAGCUUCCCGUCAUCCCGUCGUCGGAAAAUCCAACUCUGGCGAGAAAGGUCCUCGGCGUUCGACUUUCAAGUUACACGAAAGAAGGCAUAGUGAAAGAAAGCUUGAAAAUAUUCUCACUGGUAAAAUUUUGUCACCUCCUUUUAAUAGGCAAAUGGUACUUAUGGCUUCUCCAGUGUCACCUCUGGAAAUGCUGACACGUGGAAGUCCGAAAUCACCAAUGGAGGAAUUAGAAGAAAGAGCUAUUGCUGAGAAAGGAUUUUAUUUACAUCCAAGUCCACUUAGUACCCCUAGAGGCAUUGAGCCACCUGAACUCUUGCCUUUGUUUCCACUUCAGUCUCCUACAGCUAAACAUCAUUCUUCUUCUUAA